AUGGUCAACGGUGGUGAGCAAUUGAGCAGUGCAGUGACCCACCUCUCAAUUGUUCUCCUAGUGAUUGUUAUCAAACACAACGCUUUGCGAGACGAGAGUCUCAAUCACGGCAGCAAAAUUGAUCUGGACUUGCACCAACGAGCCGCCGGCCACUUUAUGAGAGCCGGCGGCAACAUGUGCGACGGCGCCUUCACAGAAACCUUGCGUAGUAUGCAAGGGAUGACGGGUACGUCGCCACCGGGUAGUGCCGGUGUCGGUCACAUGGGGGUCGGCCUCAUGGGGGGGAGUAGUCCGCUCGGCUCGGCAGGCAAGAAGGUGCCGGUGGAACACAUCAAACGGCCAAUGAACGCCUUCAUGGUGUGGUCACGACUACAACGACGGAAGAUUGCACAAGAGAACCCGAAAAUGCACAACAGUGAAAUCUCUAAGCGGCUAGGUGCAGAAUGGAAGCUCCUUACGGAGGAUGAGAAACGCCCGUUCAUCGAUCAGGCGAAGAGGUUACGUGCACAACACAUGAAGGAACAUCCUGAUUAUAAGUACAGACCGCGAAGGAAACCCAAAACUUUGCGAAAAGAAGGCUAUCCUUAUAGUAUUCCAUACCCAAGUGUUCCCAUGGACGCUCUUCGAGCAGGAAUGGCCGGUAGCAUGGGACAAGCUGCAAUGGGCUCCUAUUACACCCCCGCCGCGAUACCGGUGGACUCGAUGACCAUGAAAUAUUCUAUGGAGCCCGACAAAUAUCGCGCUGCCUAUAUGCCGCCCAGCACUCUGGCAAUGAGCAUGUAUCCAGAUCCUAAGUACUUGGAUUCUUCUAAUCCCAAGACUUAUCUGGACCGUACUUACUUAGACGCGAAGGCAUACUUCGAGCAAUCGAAGCUGUACAUGGAUCAGAAACCCACCAUUGGAGAAUACAAUCGGCCGAACUACGAGCCCAACAAGCUUUAUGAGGAAUCCAGCCCAAGUAGUGUCGUCGGCGGAAACGGACCCGCAAGAUCACCGCCCGCGGAAUCGCCAGACACAAGCAAGCAACACGAAAGAACAGAACAAGGUUCGUCCAGCGCGAGUUCGACAUCGACAUCAUCGGCCGCGAGUCCCGGCGCUUUGCCGUAUCCGUAUCCCGCAUCAGUCCAAGCUAGCGGCCUGCUGACUCCGCAGAUGGCUCAAUACGGUGGAUACCAAAUGGCACCGGCAUCGGGAAAUGAAUCUUUUCGACGUCCGUUGGUCAUCUUGUGA